UAAUUAAACCAUUUCUUGACACGUCUGUAAUACAUAGGUGUUCUGUGCAUUACUCCUCAUCAGGAAUGUUGGGGGAUGCAUUCUGAUUUUUAAUGUUCAAUGCUAGAAUGACCAAACUAAAAUAAUAUUCACAUGGUAAUCUAAACUUUUUGAGAAAGUAAAAUUGCGUUACUGUAUACAGUGGAAAGCUAUUUAUUGUACCUCUGGGCUUAUUCCUCUAAACAUCAUAGCAUAAAAAAAAUCUUUGUCAAGCCUGAACUAAUGUAUAUAACUGAAAUAAUGUAAAGUUAUAUUUUCAUGUUUUUAUACUUAACAACAUGAUGGGAAUACAUAAUGUAUGGGUAUUUCAAUUGCAGAUAAUAUUGAUUGGAUAAUACACAUCUCCGUUAAAAAGCAGUAAUCAUAGUUUAAUAUCCAUGUUACAGUACAUCAGUAUAUUGCUAUAUAAAGUAUGUCUGUGUGCAUUUAAGUGAAAAGUAGUCAAGAGUGAUGAAAGCUGUCCAAGGGUUUUUUAUUCAUUUUAUAUAAAAACUGUUACGGAGCAACCAAAAUGUUUAUGAACUCAAACUUGUGUAAAUUUCAAACUGUCCUUUUACUGUAGCUUUUUGUUUACAGUACAGUCUCUUAUUUUCUGCUUUGUUAAAUGAGUAACAGUACAAAGCUGGACAUACACUUUCUAAGACAUUAACGUUCCCGUUUUUUCAUGUAUAUCUAUAUGACAGAAAAUGCUUCUGAUUUUAUUUUUCAAUCUAACACAUGAUGGCUUUUCUGGAGUGUUGUAUAAACUACAAUCAUACAUAAAAAAUCUUCUUAAAAAAGGCAAAAGACCUUUAAUGUCUGUUUAGUAUUAUUGAAAUCUGGUUUCUUAUUUGUUUUAAAUGUAUUUUCUUUACAUAGAGCAAACCUAUUUGUCCCCACAGGCGUCAAAUUUCCUUGAAGCAUUUUGCAAAGAGAGUAUAAAUCUUCCCCCAGAUCAUCUUGUCACUCAGGGGUAGAUUUACUGAAGUUUGCAUUAUCGCUAAACGAAGUAAUGUAACUUUCUUGCCAACAAUAUAAUGGUGUUUCUGGAAUGUAACCUCCUUGAUCAUGGUUAUAAUGGCACUAUGAUAGGAUGAUAAUGCUAGUAGGUUAAGUAUUGAGUAACUCUAUUUAAAAUUUGUCAGCUUGAAGCGGUAUUUUUUUACUUCAGCAGACUGUUGAUGUGUCCAAAGGGGAGAAAGAACCUGAGAAAUGACAAGUAUUUUAGACACAUAUUAGUAGUGUUGCUACUAGGCAACAGAGUUUACUGUAACAGCAAAUUGAGUCUGAGAGGUUUGCAGUGUGAAAGAAAGGUUCAACAUUUUUAUUUAAAUGUAUUACAUAUUUUAACAGAGUGUGUUUCCAGUUAUCAGCCUCCUCUUUGGCUGAUAGAUAUAGACAAUAUAUCUACUUUACCCAAAGUAUCAUGCACAAAUAAUUGUAUUUUAAAAUACAAAUACAUUAUUUCAGCUAUCAUUUGCUACAGUUAUUUGUAUGAAUACAGCGGUCACCAGCAAAAUAGAAUCAGCAGCAGCUGUUUGGCAUUAUAUCCCUAGAGGCUACUCAGACUUCUUUCACAGUACUGAAGUUUAUUAUUUAUAACGUCAUUUCAUUUAAGCUGCCAUGGGAUCACAAAAAUUUGCUGUGAAAAAUCUAUCAGGUCCAAAUUCUAUUAGGAAUUCAUAUUAUGGCAAAUUCAGUAAAUUACUUAGCUGUGGACUUAGAACAUUUUCCCUCGCGUCAGUUUUUGUAGAUAAUAGUGAGUACUAUAUACGUGUGUGAGACAUAAUAAAGUUAGAGAACUGUAUACAGUAAUGACACCUGUGUGGCAAAUUACAGUCAAUCUGUGUUUACUAUUGGUCUUCAUGAAAUUUCUGCUCAUACUACUCCUAAUACUCUAAACUUUGGGGCUCCUUCAAAUAGAUCAAUCAUCAAAUUGCCCUGAAAUUAUUCUUUUUUCUGUCUUGAAUGCUAUAAGCAUGUCUACAUUUAAUAGCAGAAGGCCUACAGGAACUUGAAAUGAUAUCUACAACAUUUGUUAUGCAUCUAUUUUUUUUUAGAGAUUUCCUUAAAGUAUUGAAUAUCGUUUUGAUAAUCACAACUUCACUUAGAAUCAUUUAGUGCUUCAACAUAAAAUUUAUGGAAUUUGGAAAAAAAAAGAAGUAUUGAAAAUAUUACUUCUGUAAACAAGUGACAAAAAAUUAGAACAUGGUGAGAUACAAAACAAAAAUUCUGAGAAUUAGAGUCUUAACUCACCUGCGGCUUUUACAUGUCAUGAGGCCUUCCCACAGUCCCUAAUCUUAUUGUUACAGUAUAUUACAUGAUGCGUUUUCUUUCUUUCCCUCUUGCUCCACCUCAUGCAGUCAGUUCUAAUACAUACUUCUUAGCUUGGUAUGCAGCUAGGAAAUAUAAAUACUCUAUAUAAUAAUUUUAAAAAAAAUUGAUUUGGCAGUCAUUAGAAAGGUUUAUUAUAGCUCACUGCAUAUGUCUAUAUUAAAGAAACAGUGAUGAUAUAAGUGGGAAAGAUAGAUCACCUAAGCUACACCCUUAAUUCAAGUGGCACCAUCCGCUGUAUUGUUCUAUCAGCCUCCUUUGUACAUCUCUCAUUGCUAAUAAAAAUUUGGCUACCUCUCUAGACAGCUCAAUGCUUUGCUUACCUGAGUGGUAAGAAGAUUUGUUGUACCUAAAGGAAAUGCACUUAAUUUCACAUCGUUGACUUUGUUGCGCUCACCCAAAGUUCUUCCUCACAACACACUUAAAACCCUCACUUAAAGGGAAAUGUGCUAUAGAUAUAGAGAAAAAGUUCACAUUUAAUUUAUAAUUUUUUUUAACAAAUGCUGACUUUCCAAGACUGACUCAUCUCUGUUAAAGUGUUUACCCUACUAGCCCCUGCCCAUGGCAGGGGGGUUGGAACUAGAUGAUCUUUAAGGUCCCUUCCAACCCAAACUAUUCUAUAAUUCUAUGAUUCUUCCAACUGGAAGACUGAUGUAAAAUACAUAUUUAAAUAAUAGUGAAUUUUAUUUAUAUGGCUUAAAGAAUUUAAAUCUAUUUAAAAAAAUAUGUCUUCUAGAAUAGGAAAGGAGUGCUAAACAUUACUGCCUAGACCAACCCCUUGAAAUUGUUUCAGUUAGUUCACAUCUGGGUUUAGGGGAAAUACUACAAAGAAAGGGGUUUCAGUGUAUCCCAUGAGCUGUGCAGGACCACAUUGCCUCCUUUUCACGUUUCCAUGCACAGAGGGAAAGCAGGUAGGCAAAGCUGAAGUAGGAGUUGGAGAGGCAAGUUUAUGUCAUUCUUCUGUGUCCCUUCACUUCUAAAAGGUGAUGGAGCAUCCAGAAGUAACACCAGAGAGGAUUUAACCCUAUUUCCUAAGGAUAGAAAAUUACUCAGAGUUACUCACAAUUAUUUCUUUUCUUUUCAAAACUUACAGUGCCGUUUUGAAAUGAAAAUUCUAUGUUUUAGUUUAUGGUAAACAAUUGUUGAAAAUAAAAAUUGUUUCUAGAGCCGUUUUAUGCUAGGACUGCAUAUAUGUGCUAGCUUCUUAGAAACAGAGAGCCCAGAGUCUUCCUGGUUUGUGUUUUACUGAAACAUCGAGAGGAUGUUGUUAAAAAUAUACUUGGAGGCUUUUAUAUGACAACUUUUUACCCAAUUUUCAAGUUGUAUUUUUACUGCCUGCCUCUCAGCACCAUGUUCUGUAAUUUAAGUAAAAAAUGUAAUUAAAGAGGUCAAAAUCUAGCUCUUGAACUUAAUAGUAUGCUUUACAGAUAGAUAACAUCAGAUCUUUCAGUAGCUGGCUUCCAUCUUAGUUUCAUUAUAAAUGACAAACACAUUUAGUUUAUCUUGUACUCCGAAAUAGAAGAAUAUUCACAGAAGUAUUUUUCUGGUUUUUGAAGAAGUAGCUACUUUUUAUAUUGUCACAAUGAGUAAAUAUACAGUAAUACAGAUGUCAUUAUUUUAACCCAGAUGCUCGGUUUUAUAUUUGUUACUGUUGUUUUAAAUAGUUUCACAAAACUGCUGGAAGACUAUUUACAUAAAUCUGGAACUAAGUGUUUUGGCAGCUCAUACGAGUUACCUGUAGCUGGAAUUCAUUGUUCAGUUUAAGCUACUGUGUGUUAAUAAAGAAGCAGAAUUGCUGGUACAUGAAAAUGUGGAUGUUCCAAUAUAUAUGUAUGUAUACAUAUCCACACACAAAUAGGGAAAUGCAAAAGUAAAACUAGUGCCGAGUUUGAUUCUAAAAAAUGUCGAUGACCACAGCAAUAAUUCAUAGUAGGGCCAGUAGCGAGAGGAAGGUUCAUAAGCGAGUGCCUUACUGCCCUUGGGAUGAAUACAUGGGAUCUUACGUUUCCAUAGGACAGCAUGAUAUUCCGAUGGGAAUCGACAUUGAAUCCCAGAACUUUGAAACCUGGUGUGACUCCUAUGAUCAUCUUUGUUCUCAGUGACAGGAUUAAGUGCUACAGAAAUUAAUUGACCUAAACAGGGCUCUUCCACACUGCCUUUGGCCUACACAAAAAGGUCAAAUUAAAAUUAUUGCGUGUGUUUUUGCCUCUCACUUCAUCGGUGGGGGUGAUAGGUUUAUGUAUAUGCAUGCAUAUGCUUGAUUUUUCAAAUUACAGUGUCUUACCGAUUUAAAAAUCCACAUAAUGAAUCUAAAAGGCUCAGGUUUAGUUAACUCUAACAUAACAUGAACAAGGGCAAAUAAAAUAUUACUCUUUGUAAACUAUUACUUGAUUUUCUGAACCAAAACCUCUAUAUGAAGUUAAUGCCUCCAGAACAAAAUACCGGGCAUUGACAGGGCUGGGUACCACACUACCUACUUUGAAUACUGUGCAAUAAUAUGUACUCCUAUGGUGCUGUGGCAGUAUUUUGUCCACGUUUUGUAUUAUUUUUUUACUGGCAUAGCCAAAUGAGUAGUAUAAGCUAUAGGAACUCACUCACGUUGUAACUGUGGCUUUACCAUGUUGUUUAAAUACGCAGCUUCUGAACAGAAAAAUGCAGCGUGUGAUAAACUGUUUUUAUAAAGCCAUUAUCUUAAGUGAGAGUAGGACUUUACUUGACAUAUUUUCUUCAUCCUGGUACCUAAAGUACUUGUUUUCCACAAGAAUAGUUUUCACUCUUUCACUGUAUGCUCUUUCUUAUUUUAGGGGACCGGAAAUACGUACUUUGUUUUAGCAUUGUAGAUCUGCAAUCAGAUAUGGAAGAUGUUCAUCAGUUCUGCUUAGCCCACCUUAUAAGCUGUUUUCUGUAGAUCUCUGUUGUUUUACGCUUGUAAUUUAGUUUUUGAUCUUUUAUCGUUGGGAGAGAUUUUAGCACAUUGAGGAAAAAAACAUUGCAUACCCUCCUUGCUGAUUAGAGGUGUUGCCCAAGUCACUCAAAGUCGUUGAGCUGAUGAGUGUAUGCUGUGACUCACACCUCUUAAAGGAUCCCUCUCAGAGAGCAGGGACAAAGACUCCUCUGAGGAGAGUGACGUGGUACGCUUUAGUCAGACCCUUCCAUGCUGAAGUCCAGGAAAGCUGGGGUGUCAGGACCAAGUCUGAACUUCCCAGCUGUCUCUAUGCAGUCAGGCAGUGAUCUCCCCUGGGAUCACAGUAGAUGCGCACACGCUAGCAAAACUGAAUUGUUACUGUCAUCAAGAUGCAAAAGCUUUCUCCGCUGAACUUUAUACUGAUCGAGAUUGCUGUCCCCUUCUUCCCCUUGGCCACACUAUCUGAAAAGCUUUUUUUCCUUCCCUGAACUACGGCCAUCUGUAUUCAGAACAUUCAGAAUGUAACUUUUGUAAAUUUGCUUUAAUAUGAAAUAAUCAUAUGUUUUCUCAGCAUAGGAGAAACUCACAGAAACUCAUUUACCCUCACUCCCGAAAACUAAGCACAGCCAUCUUGGCUGGCUGAAUAAUUUUAUGGAAAUUUUUCUCACAGGGCAAAAAAAGUCCCUGCUUUAUGAAUUAUGACAUUAUUGUCAUAAAAGAAAAUGUAUAAGCUCAGUAGACGGGAUCUUGAGAAUGUAGGUGUUAUUUUUUUUUGUAAUAUGCUUGCUAAGAUUAUAGUAUGUGGACAGGCUUUCUUUAUGCAUGUUGUAAUAUGCUAUGUAAAUCAGAGGAUUAUUAGGUUGCCGAGUGGUUUUCCUGUGGUGUCAGACCUGUAUUAUA